CGCAGGCCCGGGCCGCGGUUUUCCCAGCCCCGCCGCCGUUGCCAAGGCGACAGCCGCCGAACGUUCCCGUGGCAGGCCCCGCCCACGCCCAAUCAGACCGGCGCUCGCUGGAGCCCAGAUUUUCUUUGUUCCGCAGCCAUUUCAGGCCCCGGAGGGGAGGCAACGCCGCUUCGGCAGAGGGCCCGAGCGCCGGAGGCCUCUGGGAUGGUGUGGGACCGGCAAACCAAGAUGGAGUAUGAGUGGAAACCUGACGAGCAAGGGCUUCAGCAAAUCCUGCAGCUGCUGAAGGAGUCCCAGUCCCCCGACACCACCAUCCAGAGAACCGUGCAACAAAAACUGGAACAACUCAAUCAAUAUCCAGACUUUAACAACUACCUGAUUUUUGUUCUUACAAAAUUAAAAUCUGAAGAUGAACCCACAAGAUCAUUGAGUGGUCUCAUUUUGAAGAAUAACGUGAAAGCACACUUUCAGAACUUCCCAAAUGGUGUAACAGACUUUAUUAAGAGUGAAUGUUUAAACAAUAUCGGUGACUCCUCUCCUUUGAUUAGAGCUACUGUAGGUAUUUUGAUUACAACUAUAGCUUCCAAGGGAGAAUUGCAGAAUUGGCCUGACCUCUUACCAAAACUCUGUAGCCUGUUGGAUUCUGAAGAUUACAACACUUGCGAGGGAGCAUUUGGUGCCCUUCAGAAGAUUUGUGAAGAUUCUGCUGAGAUUUUAGAUAGUGAUGUUUUAGAUCGUCCUCUCAACAUCAUGAUUCCUAAAUUUUUACAGUUCUUCAAGCACAGUAGUCCAAAAAUAAGGUCUCAUGCUGUUGCCUGUGUCAAUCAGUUUAUCAUCAGUAGAACUCAAGCUCUGAUGUUGCACAUUGAUUCCUUUAUUGAGAAUCUCUUUGCAUUGGCUGGUGAUGAAGAACCAGAGGUACGGAAAAAUGUGUGCCGGGCACUUGUGAUGUUGCUUGAAGUUCGAAUGGAUCGCCUGCUUCCUCACAUGCAUAAUAUAGUUGAGUACAUGCUGCAGAGGACCCAAGAUCAAGAUGAAAAUGUGGCUUUAGAAGCCUGCGAAUUUUGGCUCACUUUGGCUGAGCAACCAAUAUGCAAAGAUGUACUCAUAAGGCAUCUUCCCAAGUUGAUUCCUGUGUUAGUGAAUGGCAUGAAGUACUCAGAUAUAGAUAUCAUCCUACUUAAGGGUGAUGUUGAAGAAGAUGAAACAAUUCCUGAUAGUGAACAGGACAUAAGGCCACGUUUUCAUCGAUCAAGGACAGUGGCUCAGCAGCAUGAUGAAGAUGGAAUUGAAGAGGAAGAUGAUGAUGACGAUGAAAUUGAUGAUGAUGAUACAAUUUCUGACUGGAAUCUAAGAAAAUGUUCUGCGGCUGCCCUAGAUGUUCUUGCAAAUGUGUAUCGUGAUGAGCUUUUGCCACAUAUUUUGCCCCUUUUGAAAGAAUUACUUUUUCAUCAUGAAUGGGUUGUUAAAGAAUCAGGCAUCUUGGUUUUAGGAGCAAUUGCUGAAGGUUGCAUGCAGGGCAUGAUUCCAUACCUACCUGAGCUCAUUCCUCACCUUAUUCAGUGCCUCUCUGAUAAAAAGGCCCUUGUGCGUUCCAUAACGUGCUGGACUCUUAGCCGCUAUGCACACUGGGUAGUUAGCCAGCCCCCAGACACGUACCUGAAGCCACUAAUGACAGAACUGCUAAAGCGUAUCCUGGAUAGCAACAAGAGAGUACAAGAAGCUGCCUGCAGUGCCUUUGCUACCCUGGAAGAGGAGGCUUGUACAGAACUUGUUCCUUACCUUGCUUAUAUACUUGAUACCUUGGUCUUUGCAUUUAGUAAAUACCAGCAUAAAAACCUGCUCAUUCUUUAUGAUGCCAUAGGAACAUUAGCAGAUUCAGUAGGACAUCACUUAAACAAACCUGAAUAUAUUCAGAUGCUAAUGCCUCCACUGAUCCAGAAAUGGAACAUGUUAAAGGAUGAAGAUAAAGAUCUCUUCCCUUUACUUGAGUGCCUAUCUUCAGUUGCCACAGCCCUGCAGUCUGGCUUCCUUCCAUACUGUGAACCUGUGUAUCAGCGUUGUGUAAACCUAGUACAGAAGACUCUUGCACAAGCAAUGCUGAACAAUGCUCAACCAGAUCAGUAUGAGGCUCCAGAUAAAGAUUUUAUGAUAGUGGCUCUUGAUUUACUCAGUGGCCUGGCUGAAGGACUUGGAGGCAACAUUGAACAGCUAGUAGCCCGAAGUAACAUUCUAACACUAAUGUAUCAGUGCAUGCAGGAUAAAAUGCCAGAGGUUCGACAGAGUUCCUUCGCCCUGUUAGGUGAUCUGACAAAAGCUUGCUUUCAGCAUGUUAAGCCUUGUAUAGCUGAUUUCAUGCCAAUAUUGGGAACCAACCUAAAUCCAGAGUUCAUUUCAGUCUGCAAUAAUGCUACAUGGGCAAUUGGAGAAAUCUCCAUUCAAAUGGGUAUAGAGAUGCAGCCUUAUAUUCCUAUGGUGUUGCACCAGCUUGUAGAAAUCAUUAACAGACCCAACACACCAAAGACGUUGUUAGAGAAUACAGCAAUAACAAUUGGUCGUCUUGGUUACGUUUGUCCUCAAGAGGUGGCCCCCAUGCUACAGCAGUUUAUAAGACCCUGGUGCACCUCUCUGAGAAACAUAAGGGACAAUGAGGAAAAGGAUUCAGCAUUUCGUGGGAUUUGUACCAUGAUCAGUGUGAAUCCCAGUGGAGUAAUCCAAGAUUUUAUAUUUUUUUGUGAUGCUGUUGCAUCAUGGAUUAAUCCAAAAGAUGAUCUGCGAGACAUGUUCUGUAAGAUCCUUCAUGGAUUUAAAAAUCAAGUUGGGGAUGAAAAUUGGAGGCGUUUCUCUGACCAGUUUCCACUUCCCUUAAAAGAGCGUCUUGCAGCUUUUUAUGGUGUUUAAUCUCAUACACUUAGGCUGCAGUCCCAUAAUUAGGGGUCCUUCAGUCUUGGAGACUAUGAGGGAGCCUCUGCACCCAGGGAAAAUGUUACCCUUUACAGGGGGGAAGGGUAAACCAGUAGGGAAUACAGUACAAUCCCAACCCUACUGGGAGGGGCGGGAGGGAGGUGUUGCCGUCACUGUAUUAAGUCGCUGUUGGGAAACGUUUUAACAUCUGGAGCCUUUGUGGGUGGAAAUCUGUCUCCAAUUACAACUCUGCACUGGAUGUGAAGAAGCAAAAAAAAAAAAAAAAAAAAAAAGAAAAAGCUAUUCAAUCUACUCACAAAACAGUACAUUCUGGAAUAUUAUGGGGAAUUGUACCAAAACAAGAACCAUAUAAAUGAUGCAUAGGGAUGAGAAAGAGGAAAAAUUCUAUAGCGCACAAUAAAGGAAACCUAAGAAUGGGGAUUAGAAGACAGUAAAGUUUUUGGGUUUUUUUUGGUUUUUUAGUUUUUUUUAUUUAAAGGUUUUUAUAAAAUUUCCCACAUUGAUGGGGACUUGUUUUUGCAUGCUGAUGAAGAACUACACAAAUGAAAGCUAAUAAGAGUUAAAAUCAGCUUGCCUACCCAUAAUAGUAGAAGCAGGUUCUUGGAAGUUACAAUUUAAGGUACCCCAGAAAGUUGGAAAUAAAACAAAACAAAUAUAAACAAUGAAGCACCCUGUGAAAUGCCAAAUGAGUCACUCCUUUUACCUUUGUGGGGUGGGCAGGGAGGGAGGAAUAAAUGGGGUUGGACAUAUCAAACUAAAGAUUGACAUCUUGAUUUUGCAUUAAGACAUUAAUGUAGUGGAUAUAAUUUGAUGGUUGUACUUCAUUAGAUUUAAUUUCUAGGCCAAGAUGUUAUUUUUAAAGUGCAGUUUAAGGUUCAGGCAUGCAUUCUGGCUCAUAGUGAUUGAAAGUACUUUAAAUUAGUGGGAGAGUAGCAUGCUUGCAUCACAUAGAGUGAGAUUGGUAUUCAGUUACCUCUGUUGCGCCAGUUUGUGUUGCAGUUUACCAGUUCAGUAUAGCCCUGCAUUUAAAAUUCCUUUUUAAGAUUUGUGGAUUUUAUUUUUAUUAAGAAUAUAGAUAUAAAGUACUGUAGUUUACAGCUAGGCCUUGAAAUAUCUUUUUAGGAUCUGUUAGGAAUAAGAUUGAUAUUGUAUUGUGUGUAACCUGCACAAUGUGGAAAGCUGAUAUACCUGUGCAAAAUCUUUGCCUCUGUGCUGUCAGUGUGAUGUGCUUUCUGCAUGGUUAUAUACUACUAGUGAUUUUAUCAAAACUUCUAAAACUUAAAUUACAUGGUAAAAGAUCUGUAAGAGGCUGCAUAAAUGUUAGUUGGCACAUAAAGACAAUUGUAGAAGUUGAAGACAUGAUUGCUAUAUUUCAAUGUUUAUUCCCACUCAACAUAUUGCCUUCUAAGCUUUCUUUUUUUGUUCAAAGCAUGAUCUUAAAGAUAUGUUUAAGUUAAUGGAUGUAAUGCAGGGUUCCUACACUGUAUUGGCGCAUGUUGGUGGCCCUCUGUGCCCUAGAUAUAUGCACACAGGGUGCAAGUAAAAAGCUACAGAGUGAAAGUUGGUUUGGAUCCUCUUCAUUUCAUUUGUUUAGCUUUUCUGUUAUUUUUCUCUACUUACAUGUAUUCCUGUGAAUAAAUCCUUGUUAAGUUAACCCUUUA